UAAAGAUCCUCCGUUUCCCGCCAAAUUUUGCAUUGUGCGCCGUUUUUGCAGUGACCGCUUCACGAUGGCUGGUUUUGACGAUGGUGGUGUAUUCUUCAGCGAUAAUUUCGGCUCGGAAAACACGCAGGACGAGAGCCAGAUCAACCUUCAGGCCAUCAAGCGCCGAUUCCGAGAUUUUUUUCGCCAGUUUCACGAGGGAAACUUUAACUACCGAUACAGAGACCAACUUAAACAACACUACAACAUGGGCCAGUACUGGCUGGAAGUGUCCAUGGAAGACAUAUCCAGCUUCGAUGAGGUCUUGGCUGACAAGCUUUCGAAGCAGCCGACCGAACAUCUGCCUUUGCUUGAAGAGGCAGCAAAAGAGGUAGUAGACGAAAUCACCAGACCUCGGCCGGAGGGUGAGGAGGACGUUGCCGACAUCCAAGUGCUGCUCAAGUCCGAUGCUCACCCCAUUCCCAUGCGGGACAUCAAGUCGGAUCAAGUGUCAAAGCUGGUCAAGGUGCCGGGCAUUGUCAUAGCCGCCUCGGGGAUCAAGGCCAAGGCUACGAGCCUUACGCUCCAGUGUCGCUCGUGCCGGGAAACCGUCCCAAACAUUCCGGUCAAGCCCGGCCUUGAAGGAUACGCAUUGCCAAGACGAUGCAACAGCGACCGCGCUGGUCAGCCGCGGUGCCCCCAAGAUCCAUUCUUCAUUGUGCCAGACAAGUGCAAGUGCGUCGACUUCCAGGUGCUCAAACUCCAGGAGGUUCCCGAAGAAGUUCCGUACGGCGAGAUGCCUCGUCACCUCCAGCUUUACUGCGAACGGUACCUCUGCGAGCGUGUGGUUCCCGGCAACAGGAUCACUGCCAUUGGUGUCUACUCCAUCAAGAAGCAGGGGACCGGACGUUCCAGGGGCCGCCCACAGGAGAAGUCCAACAUUGGGAUCCGAGCCCCGUACCUGCGCAUCGUGGGGAUCUCGGUGAACACGGAGGGUGCUGGCAGGGUGGGCGGCACCAUGCUCACCCCCGACGAAGAGGAGACCUUCCGCCACCUGGCAAGCAGCCCGGACAUCUAUGAGCGUAUUGCCAAGAGCAUCGCGCCCUCCAUCUACGGCUUUGCCGACAUCAAGAAGGCCAUUGCCUGCCUCCUCUUCAGUGGCUCUGCCAAAAGGCUUCCCGACGGCCUAAGACGUCGCGGGGACAUCAACAUCCUGCUGCUCGGUGAUCCCGGAACUGCCAAGAGUCAAAUGCUCAAGUUUGUGGAAAGAGUGGCUCCCAUUGCCGUCUACACGUCCGGAAAAGGCAGCAGUGCUGCUGGGCUGACUGCGUCCGUCAUGAGGGAUCCGUCGACGCGCAACUUUGUGAUGGAGGGCGGAGCCAUGGUGUUGGCAGACGGCGGCGUCGUGUGCAUCGACGAGUUUGACAAGAUGCGAGAAGAUGACAGGGUUGCCAUCCACGAGGCCAUGGAGCAGCAGACCAUCUCCAUUGCCAAGGCCGGGAUAACGACGACCCUCAACUCGAGGUGCUCGGUGCUUGCGGCAGCCAACAGCGUCUUCGGUCGCUGGGACGACACAAAGGCGGACGAGAACAUUGACUUCAUGCCCACCAUCUUGUCCCGCUUUGACAUGAUCUUCAUCGUCAAGGAUGUACACGACGAGAAGCGAGACUUGACAAUGGCAAAGCACGUCAUCAACCUCCACAUGAAUGCCGGGCAGACGAACGAGCAAGCUGCGGUUGAAGGGGAGUUGAGUUUGAGUGUGCUCAAGAAGUACAUCGCCUUCUGCAAGGACAAAUGUGGUCCCAGGCUUUCGGCGGCUGCCGCUGAGAAGCUGAAGAACCGGUAUGUGCUGAUGCGCAACGGGACUCGGGAACACGACCAGGAAAACGUCAAGAAGUCUAGCAUCCCCAUCACCAUCAGGCAACUGGAGGCCAUCGUGCGCAUUGCGGAGUCCCUGGCCAAGAUGGAACUGGCGGCGUUUGCGACGGAGCGGCACGUGGACGAGGCGCUGCGGCUGUUCCAGGUUUCCACCCUGGAGGCGGCCAUGACGGGCAAGCUUUCUGGGGCCGAAGGCUUCGGAACCCAGGAAGAACACGAGCUGCUGCUGCGCAUCGAGGGGCAGCUGAAGCGGCGCUUCGCCGUCGGAUCGCAGGUCUCCGAGCACAACAUUGUGCAGGACUUCCUCAAGCAGAAAUAUCCAGAACGUGCCAUUCACAAGGUGCUCCACUACAUGAUUCGACGGGGCGAGAUCCAACAUCGUAUGCAGCGAAAGAUGCUCUAUCGCCUCAAGUGAAUGACACUUGGCACUUUCCCUUCUUACGGAAGGAUUUUAUUUUAUUUUUCGUUUUGACAUCUUGUAACAUAGUUUUGCACGACAUUAAACUUACAUUUUUUAAA